CCGGCCCCGCGUCCGGCUAGAAGCCGCCACCCGCUAGGGGCUCGGCUUUGGGCGGGGUCGGGCUACGGGGAUCACUUAACAGGUGGCCCUCUGUCACCCGGCCGGUCUCCAGCCCGCGCGUCAUGUGACAGCUGCCUGGUUCUGCAGUGAGGUCACCGCGGAAUGUCUGCCUUCGCUGCCAUGGCAACUGGCUGACGUCACAGAUCGGGCGUGGAACUUUCCCCGGCUGGGCAGGCCAGAUGAAGGAAUCGAAAUACUCCAAAUGAGGGAUCCGGAGAGCUGGGCUGAGGUUUCCUCGCUCCUUCUCCUGCCUUCCAGAUAGGGUUUGAUUUGCCAACGCCCUAAGCUUUAUGGGCCAGGGUCUGCGUGUUGGAAACCCAGAACUAACUCCUUUCCCUCCUUUUACCCAGGAGGAAAUGGUGGCCCAGAAUGGUUGAGGGACUGUGAGGACAGGGUCAAUGACUUGUUCAUGUCUGUAUUCCCUGUCCUGUACUAGAACCUGCUGCUUACCCUGCUGCGGGCUGCCACAAAAACGGGAGUCAUCGCGAGGCUAAAAGGGGCGCAUAAGGUCCCCGCCCAACCUUCUUGGGGGAGGGUCUCAUCCACUGCAUCCAUUCAUUCACCAUAUGGAGCACGCACUGUGUGUUGGGCACUUACGUGCGCAUUCAUAGUGAUGGUGAUGGUAACGGUAGAUUUGCUGAAUGUUGAAUUCGUAAUGGACAAGGAAGGUGAAUAGGAGCUCACCUUCAGAGUUACUUGUAAUCAACCCCUGUUUUGCAGCCAUGGGCAGCGUCGUGAGCAGGGACAGCUAAAACGGUCCCAGAGCCUCAGCCAGAGGGCUCAGGGAAUUGCAAAGUUCUGAGGCUAGUGUCCUGUCCAGACACCCGAGCAGCAAGUGGUCUUAUAGCACCCUCAGGGGACCCUCCUCUCUUGGACAGUUUGGCACAUUCAGGUGCCCCUACUUCCCGAGUGGAAGCUGAGGUUGUGAACGUCCGGUGGCUGCCAGCGUGGCCAGUUCUGAAGGCCACUGUAGAGAAACAUCCCCUGCCCAAUUAACGAAUCUGGCUUUGACUCGGCGGGGCGGGGGCACUCAUCAGAGAGCGCCUAUUGCUUCCUGCCCAUUGGGAGCCCCUGAACCAAAUCAGGGCUCACGCAGCAGAGAGGAGCCUACAGGAGCCUCAUCUUCUAGAACUCAGGAUAUGGUGCAGAGUGAGGGGGAGACAGAACAGGGCUGGCGUCAGGCCUCCUCCCGGCUUGGCCGCCAAGCCGUCUGUGGGAGCCCGCGGCACAUCCUUCCGCCGUCCUGUGGGGCCGGAGCUUAAGCCCAGGCCUUGCUUCCUCGCGGCUGCUGUGACUGGCAGACGAGGUUGUGUCGGAGAAGGCAUUUUGUAAAGUAUACACUGCUGUCUGAAUUGGGGUGUUGUUGGGAGAUGAAAUAAAGGAGCCCUUUGACUAUUCAGAUCAAAUGUUUUAUAACCCCCAGGGUUCUGUUGGCGCCACUCGGUCCCCAAGUGCUCACUCACCCAGGAGAGCUUCGGAGACGUGGCUAGCGCUCUGUGGCGGAAAGGGUGCCUCUGGGGGACUUGAGGGGCUGCUGUACUUUCUAAUCCAGGGAAGGAGGCUGCCUCGGAUGUGCUGAUCUCAUUCUUUUCCACUGAUUCACUACGUAGUCGUUCAGCACUUACUACGUGCCGGGUGCGGUCACAGGUGCCGGGCGGGCAGAGCGGGUUACUCUGUCGAGGAGCCCACAGCUUGCCCCUCAGAACGGAUAAGCGCCGUGAGGCGUUAGAAGAGCACGGACCACAGGGUCAGGCUCUGUCUGAGGACAGCUCAUUUAACACAGCCUCCCCAGGGGGCAUCAUCCCCCUUUGCCAGGGAAAAUGAGUCGCCAGGAGGUGAAGUGGCUUGCUCAAGGUCACCUGGCUGGUAAGUCUGAGGGUUGGAUUCAGACCCAGGCAGUCUGGCUGUAGAGCCCAUUUUGAGCCACGAGGCUGUCCCCCCGCCACAGGCUAGGGAGCAUGAUGCCAGAUGGGAUGGAGGGGAGAUCGGGACAUACUGCAGAGGGUGGUGAAAAAUGAGAUGGUGUGUGUCCAUGGAGAAGCUCGAGAAGGGCAUCCCAGAGAGAGGGAACAACACGGGCCUGAAACCGCCCCAGCUAUUUGGGGAAGCUGCUAGUAAUUAGAUAUCGCUGGAGGGAGGGAGGUGAGUCAAAGAUGAGGGGAAGCUGGCAGGGGCCGAGCGUGGAAGGUUCCUCGUUGUGCCAGGAGACUUAGAAUCUUCUCCAUCUUCCUCCCCCUUGGGGCUGCCAGUUGGUCAGUGAAUCAUCCCCUGCUGCUGUCUCCUGUCCAGGUCUGUGGCUCAAGACAUCCCCAAGCUGCAGAAACUAGGCAUCACUCAUGUGCUGAAUGCUGCUGAGGGCAGGUCCUUCAUGCACGUCAACACCAAUGCCAACUUCUACAAGGACUCCGGCAUCACCUACCUGGGCAUCAAGGCCAACGACACGCAGGAGUUCAACCUCAGCGCCUACUUUGAAAGGGCUGCAGACUUCAUUGACCAGGCCUUGGCUCAAAAGAACGGCCAGGUGCUCGUCCACUGCCGGGAAGGUUACAGCCGCUCCCCCACCCUAGUUAUCGCCUACCUCAUGAUGCGUCAGAAGAUGGAUGUCAAGUCUGCCCUGAGCAUCGUGAGGCAGAACCGUGAGAUCGGCCCCAACGAUGGUUUCCUGGCCCAACUCUGCCAGCUCAAUGACAAACUAGUCAAGGAGGGGAAGUUGAAACUCUAGGGCAGUCCCGCUGCCUCUUCUCUAGAGGCAGACAGGGGAGGCCCUGGUCGAGGGGUCCCAAGCCGCCAUGUUUAGGAAACACAGUGUACCCUGCUCCCAGCAUCACCAGGCACUUGCCCACAAGUCUGUCCCAACACAGCCCUGGGCCACUUUCCCCCUGGGGAGCAUAAAGAAGCUUGCUAAGGAAGGCAUUGUCGCUUCCUGGUGUGUCCUUGUGCCUGCAGUUUAUGAUGUCCUCUCCCCGAGGUGGGGGCGCAGAGGGGGACGGCCUGUGACAUGCAUGCUUCUCCUGGAUGACCCGAGGCAGGAGGUCUGAGGGAGUGUAAGGCUCGAGAUGCCCCCAGGGGCCCCUCCUGACCUCCCC